AUGGAGAAUGAACGAUAUGGUAUUGCUGCGAACCUGACAGAUUCUUGGACCCCUGAACAACGCCAAAGUUUCAUGAACGACUGGCGAAAUGAUGAGUUAUUCAACGAUAAAGGGGGGCUUGCUUCGGGGCUUGCUGAUACUUGGACGCCAGAGCAACGAAGACAUUUUUUAACCGAUUGGCAAAAUGAUGGAUUUAUGUCACAGCUUGGUCAUGGACAGAAAAGACCUGUCGACGAAGUGAACGAGGGUGCAAGCACAUCUAACGAGGUUAGCGAUAGUAAUUAUUUUACCAUGAGAGAUGUAAAGCAAGUUAAAGUUAAAAAGUUUAAAACUACCGGAGUGGAUUACACCGUUCAAUUUAUGGACACAUUAGCUAAUUUGGAACUUAACCAAUUUCACAAUCAACUGCACAAGAUAUUUGGGAGUUUGCUAAGGACAAUUACCUGUGAUAUCCCAGAGCACGAUCAGGUCCGUUUUGUGUUGCAAUCGCCUCAACUCGAGACUCCUAUCUCUCUUCCAUUCAUGCCUCUUUCUCGUCUUACGACCGAACGUGUUUUAGCCGAAUUUGAACGGGUCGUUCAAUCUAAUCGUGAUUUUCGUUUGAAUGAUAGUGUUAAUGUAAAUUUAGUUCAUGUUGAAAUGCCAAACAGAGGUACUGGGACAAAAAGAAGCGAAAUCAAUUUAGAAAAGCAUUUAACAAUGAAGAGGGCAAUUGUACAUAUUCAAAACGCCGACGAAAUUUGUUUAGCAAGAGCACUAGUUGUUUCUAUCGCGAAAAUCGAGAAUAACGAUUGCUAUAAAUACAUAAUCAUUCAUCGAAAGCCACUUCAAACACAAUUGGCAUACGAGUUACAUGAAAAAGCUAGGGUUCCAAUCGGUUCUUGUGGAUUAGAUGAGGUUAAGCAAUUUCAAACCCAUUUGUCGGAUUAUCAGAUCAACAUCGUUUUGAAAGAACAUCAAAACACCAUAAUUUAUUCCGGUCCCAAGAAAGACAAACGGAUAUAUUUGUUUUUGCAUGAUAACCAUUACGACGUUAUCACAAGCAUGCCGGCCUUUUUUGCUCGUAAAAAGUAUUGUCACACCUGUAAAAAAGGAUAUGAUAAAAUGACUGAUCAUUUGUGCGCUGAUUUAUGUAAAUUGUGUCAUUCGCAAAACUGUCCAUUUGUUUCAUGGAUUCCAUGUGCUGGUUGUAUGCAUAUUUUUAAGAGUCAAAAGUGUUUUGAUCAACAUAAACAAUCUGUAGGCAAUGCAAAAUCCAUCUGUGAUUCUUUGGUCAAAUGUCUUCAUUGUGAUCUUGUUGUAAAACGGAGUAGACUGAGGCGUGAUUUGCAUCACUGCGGUGAAACUCGUUGCUCUACGUGCGAUACCUAUGUGCAAACUGAGAAUCAUCAAUGCUAUAUGCAACCCGUAAGAGCGAGAAACACCAGAGACAUAAACGAGGCAGCGAGCCUUCUCGAUACAGAGGCAAGCGAUGAAGACAACUCGCCUCAAAGCGGGUACAAUGAACUUUUAUUCUUUGACUUUGAGUGUCGACAAGAAAAUGGAAACCACGAACCCAACUUAUGCGUAGUACAAAACGAGGCGGGUGACGAAUGCAUAGUUAAAGGGGAUGAUACAAGAAAUGAGUUUUGCGAAUGGUUAUUUACCAAGGAACAUGCAAACUGUAUUGUGAUGGCCCAUAAUUUUCAAGGUUACUACGAUGGUUAUUUCAUUCAACAAUUUCUACACAAGAGCGGUGUUAUUUUUGAUAUCAUCAUGCGUGGUGCCAAAAUUCUUACAUUAAGUGUCCCAAUGUUCAAGAUUAAAUUUAUCGACUCUUUGAGUUUCACACCCAUGAGACUUGCUGAUUUUCCGAAAACAUUUGGUAUCAAUGAGCUUGCAAAAGGUUAUUUUCCACAUCUUUUCAACAAAAAGGAGAGUGAGAAUUACGUUGGACCUAUUCCACCAAGUCCAUUUUACCAUCCUGAUGGAAUGAAUCCUGAUGAAAAAGAAAAGUUUCUGGAAUGGCACAGCAAUUUGAAAGAAAGCGAUUACGUGUUCAAUUUCCAACAAGAGAUUCUAACGUACUAUCGUUUGGAUGUUGAUAUUCUACGUCGUUGUUGCCUUGAAUUUCGCGAUCUGUUUCAUGAUGUCACAGAUAUCGACCCGUUUGAGAAAUGUCUUACCAUUGCAUCAGCCUGCAAUUUGGUGUUUCGAAAGAAUUUUUUGAGAGAGAACACCAUUGCAAUCAUCCCUCCUCACGGUUAUCGCCCGAAAGACAAGCAGUCAAUUCUAGCUCUAAAAUGGCUGACCUUUACUGCUGAAAAGAACGACAUUUACAUUCAACAUGCCCGCAACACGGGUGAGAGACGUGUUGGCAAUUAUUUGUUGGACGGUUAUCACGAAGAGACGAACACAGCUUACAAAAUCAAUGCUUGCUUUUGGCAUGGGUGCUUGAAAUGCUAUGCCAGAGAUACGGUGAACAGUGUUAGUGGUAAAACUAUGCAUGACCUGCUUCAAGCUACAAUGGAGAAGACGUGUCACCUCAGAGAUCAGGGCUUCAAAGUUGUCGAAGUGUGGGAGUGUGACAUCAAGCGAGAAUUAGAAUGCGACGAAAAUAUGAGGAAUUACUUUGACAGUUACGACCUAGUUGAUCCUUUGGAACCUCGCGAUGCCUUCUUUGGUGGUCGAACCAAUGCUGCAAAAUUAUUUCACAAAUGCAAAGAUGGUGAAAAGAUAAGGUAA